AUGACCUUGAGGCCAACGACCUCAAACGGUUGUCGCUUCUUGAACGCCGCGAGUGCCGAAUGGACCAUGCUCACUCUGCAAUUCCCUUGUAAAGGUAUACUUCUUCCUGCGUCGGCUUCUGCCUUCAAGGCCGUCCAGAUCUCUAAUUUCGAGAUCCCUCCGAUGACUCAAUUUCCUCGCUCACCUCUUCUCCCUCGCUUCACUCGGGCAGGGUACCCUCUCUUUUUUCCUGUUAACUUGAAACCAGAAUCGGAGGCGACUGAAUGUGCCUCCGGCUGUCGCUCCAUUACCUUUCGGUGAGGACGUUUGACUCGCCCGCAGACAGAGAAAGGGGGUGUGUUUACGGCAAGAAGUUCCCCCGAAUGAUGGUGCGACCCAUGCAUCGCUUCUGGCGCUUAUUUUUUCAUUUUUCUUCGAAGGACAUUUGCCUACAGUGAAGCACACCUUCCGAAGCGAUUCCCGUCGCGCCGCCUUUCCCUCUCAUGCCCCUUUCCUUCCAAAAAAGAUGCCAAUCCGCCAACGAUCGGAAUUAAAACCAGCCGGGCCGCGUCGAGAGUGCACUCCCGGACCGUUCGGGUUUCUAAUUCGUUGACCGACUCACGUUUUUUACGUUCUCUGUCGAUUGACCGCCACGAAUAAUUUCCGUGAUCAUCCGUUUAACAUGAUUACAUUGCAGAAUGUCGGACAUUGGCCGAAAGGCGACGACGGCAGCGGCCAUGGGCUUGAUCGUAAUAGGGAUUGGACUGUCUAUUGGGGCCAUCCUAACACCCAGCUGGCAAGUAGUUAAUCUUCGAGAGUACAAUUCGGUCCAUGAACAUGGCCUCUGGCUCGAUUGCACUCGGCACACAAGGGAUGGUAGCCCGUUAUUGCGCCGGUAAGAUAAUAAUCCCAUUUCCUCUGGAUCACGCCAUGAUUCAUCGAGGCAUUUAGCGCUUUAACUGCUCUCUCAUGCUAGUAAUCCUUUUCUUACGAAUAACAAAUUAAUACAAUCAUCUCAAAAAUUUACGCUUGCAGAUAUGCCACGAUAAAUGAGCCGUUGCAUUGUGUCUACAAAUUCGACUAUGAUAAAUAUUCUGGUACCUUUGAUCUGGAAGAUGACAACAGUCCCGUCGGAGAAGUCAAUCGCCACAAGUUCUAUGGUUGGCACACAUCGACGCUAAUCUUGUUAGCCCUGGCAUUGUUGACGGCGUUUCUAUCUCUUGGUCUCGCUUCCUGUGGAUGUUGUUACCCAUCGCUGUCUCUUCUUUUCGUUGGUGCUACGUUAGUUACAAGUAAGAAUUUAUUUUUUGUUUUUUGUAACUCUCACUUUCAGCAUUCCUCUCGUCGAUCGCCGUGGGUCUGUUCUUCUUUUUUUCUCAUCGUGCCGACAACAGAUUCAUCAAAGGAAUUGUUGGAACGUAUGAAGUAAAUAUUUUAAAACAGCAAUCUUUAAACAUUUUUUUAAAGUAACACACCUUAUUUGAAUUUCAGCAAAGAGUUGGAUUGGCCUUUUUCCUCCAAAUGGCUGCUACUUUUGCACACUUUAUCUCCUUUAUAAUCGCCAUGUUCAACACCUAUUUGUCGUUUUCCGGCAAAGGUGGAGCGCUGGAACGUUACAGUGCCCCGCGGUCUUCUCAUACGAACAUGACCAACAUUGGCCGGUGAGUCUCAACUGCGUUUGCUUAGGACUUUUGAAUUUCGAAAUCAAAAUUAGCACACUUGCUGAAGUUGAACACCGCUCCCAUUUGUUUUGUUGGUGUUCGACGGCUUGUCUUUGAGUUUCUCACCGUUCCGUGCCGUUCUGUCGAACACCCCAACUUUAGACAAAAGGAAUGGGAAGUGUCCAGUUUCGCCGGUACGCCGCUUCUGCUGGCGCCUCCUUAUCGGCCACCCGAAUCAGCUUCCCCUAUGUUCAGGUCCAUGGAUUUCGAACAGCCCGUCUUUCACACGGGCUCCCAACAGUUCCAGAACAAGAACAUCAAGCCCAUCUUCUACAAGAGUUCCACGGAAGAGAUGGGGGAUUCCAUGCCCGAUCUCCCUGUCCAUCGCUCGUAUCCGGACGCUCUGAAUGCCUCUAGAAUUCGCAGAAAAUCCGAGACCUGCGUUUAA